CGGCUCUCCGCAGUUUAAGGUUGCCGGUGCUCCAAGUGGCUACGUUAAAUCGUCUCUUUUUUGUUUUGCAGUGGAAUGGAAGGAGAGGUCAGCAUACUCCAAAACAAAAUCAGGAAAGGUUUUUAUAAUAAAUAGAGGAAUCUGAAGCAUCUUUUUCGUUCGCUACCAUAAAAAGCCCGCUUAUGCCGUAAUACCAAAAAAAUUACCAUUAGAAUGACAAACCAUUAGUAUGGCAUAGCAGGAGCUUCCAGUGUGGCUUCCCUAAAGUAACCGUCUGCCUUCUUCAUCUAUUAGCACUUGUGAAGUAUGUCAGUAAACCCUUAGUUACGACAAACGUCCUGAGGACAUAAGAACACAAAGGACUUACGAAAUCAGCGCUACGGGAAUGGCUAUUGCAAGAAACUGUGGCAUAUGGCUUUUCUCAUAGGCUGACCAAGCUUGAACUCAGAAGUACCCAGGCUUUUAUUUUGUUAUGACUGUUCAUUUUGGCUAACUGUUCCAGAGCCCACUUUCUGCAGUCAUUUUUUUUUUGUUUCAGUCUAAAUUUAUUCAUAGCCAGUUAAUAACCAUUCUCGUGCCUGCAUUAUCCUUUAUAUAACACUCCUUCCUCGUGGUUUUGCCUCAUAGGGUAUUUGGAGUGAGCACUUGUGUUUCCUCAUACUUUAUUUUCUUAAGUUAAACAAGCUAAAUUCUUCUGGUUUAUAAUACCGAUUUUCGGUUUCCUUGCUGAUCAUAGCUCUUCUCUGCAUCUGUUCCAGUUUCAAUUCAUCUUUCUUGAAUGCUGCUGACCAAAAUUUUAUGAUAUCAAUUCAUUUUACUUCAAAAAAAAAAAAUCUUUUGAAAGCUUCUUAAAAAAGAAAAGUAGCUAGUAGCCAUUGGGCAAAAACUAUGAUGUAAAUCAGAGUUCAUACUAGGUGAUCACAGGAUUUUAGAUAUAUGAGUGUUUCUGACAUAGCAUUCUUAUGCAGCAAUAUAUUGGUAAUAUUCUUUAAUAAAACCCUUGAUUACAAAUGGAUAUAUGUUAAACUGGAUAAAAGCAACAAGCAGUAGCAUACUGUAUGGCUCUGUUUCUUUCUGGUGACUUGUGUUUUUAAUGGCAGUUGAAUGGGUGUUUGUCUGUAGUACCUCUUAAAUUCUGGCUUUCAGCACCCAAGGCUUCAUCUUGGAGAGCGUUGCUUUCUUUUCCAGUGAAGCUUAAAGCAAUACAUGGGAGCUGAAGUUGUUCACCACCUCUCAGAACUGAACUAUUCUUCUCCUGCUUGACGUUUUCAUUUUAACAUUGCAAUGGAGGAGCUGCAUAAUUUUAAAUCCUCUCAUGCAAUUAACUUUUACCUCAUUCUUAGAAAUAAUCUUAGCUUGUUCUAAAAGUCUGUAACUUGUAUUUGAAAGGAGUGUGCAUUGGAAAGGUGCUGCAGCUCCUUACUGACUAAAGAUGCUUUCAUGCGGUCUGUUUUUACUGGAAGAAAUUGGUUAUUCUGUGCGUUCUUGUAAAGAAUUGAAAAAAAAAAAAAAAAAAGAAAAUUCACUUCACUUCCUAGGCAAACUGGGUCGUGUGUCGCAUAAUGAAGACAAUGUAGGGGGGAAGCUGUGUGUGCUGAGCAGUUUUAGUCUUACCAUAGAUUGCAUAUUACUAUUCUGGUAUGUGUACCAAACAUCUAUAGAAUUUAUAGAUAUUUAGUUACAUAUUUAAUGUAAACAAAUUGACCGAGUUUUCUUCCUGAAUUUGGAUGCUUAACUAUAAAUAGCCUGACUUUUAAAUAUGUCAAACUCUGCAGCUCCUGUUGACCUAAAUGGGAUCUGUGCAUAUUCAGCACUCUUGAAGAUCAUGCUGCUUAUUAGAGACCUAACUUUAAAUGCCCGUGUGUAUAAAUAUAAGUAGAUGAUAAGGCGUUUGAAUUACCCAGUAGUGAUAUUUUGACCAUCUGUGGGGGGGUUUUUUUGCUUAAUACCUACAAGAUAACUGUGCUUUCUAAUUUCAGAAAAAGUAGUAGUUGCAAUAAACUGGUCUAUGAGAGGGUUGUAGUUCAAGGCAGUUUUAUGUUCUGACAAGUGUUGAAAUAGGAUGACAGACAGUUGCCCUUUAACAAAUUCAGCUUCACUGUUGAUGUAUAUUGACUUCAUGAAACAGUUUAAAUAGUUUGAACUAAUAAUAAACAACUUUUAUUUAAUUUAGUUUUAAAUUAUUUCCCAUUUCUCAUAUUAAAAUAACGCUUAUCAUCCUUGUGUUUCUAUAAGCUAUUGCAGAUCACAAGCAUCUGGUAAAGUAAUAAGUGGAGAGGAACAUUUUUCAAGCAAAAAGUGCCUGGCUUGGUUUUAUGAAUAUGCAGGUCCUGAUGAAGUUGUGGGGCCCGAAGGAAUGGAGAAGUUCUGUGAAGACAUUGGUGUUGAGCCUGAAAAUAUUAUUAUGUUAGUUUUAGCCUGGAAACUAGAGGCUGAAAGCAUGGGAUUUUUUACCAAGGAAGAAUGGUUAAAAGGAAUGACCUCAUUACAGUGUGAUUGUACAGAAAAAUUACAGAGUAAAUUUGACUUCUUGCGGUCACAAUUGAAUGACAUUUCAUCCUUUAAGAAUAUCUACAGAUAUGCCUUUGAUUUUGCAAGGGAUAAAGACCAGCGAAGUCUUGAUAUUGAUACUGCAAAAUCCAUGUUAGCUCUUCUGCUUGGAAGAACUUGGCCACUGUUUUCAGUAUUUUAUCAAUACCUGGAGCAAUCGAAGUAUAGAGUUAUGAACAAGGAUCAGUGGUACAAUGUGCUAGAGUUCAGCAGAACUGUCCAUGCAGAUCUUAGCAACUAUGAUGAAGAUGGUGCAUGGCCUGUACUUCUGGAUGAAUUUGUUGAAUGGCAAAAAGUUCGUCAAGCAUCAUAGCAAGAAUUCAAAAGAAAAUGCAAAAGUUUUUUUGGUGCCCGCCUGUACACAAACUAAUGAGAAAAACAAAGGAUUGCAUUUUCAUUCUUAAGAAAGACUUUGCAGUAAUUUUUUUCCUUUUUUAAGGAAAUUUUCUUGUUACACGUGAUAUGGGCAUUGAACCACACCUCUUCUGAGACUGAAAGUUGGAGUUCUUGUUUUGAGUCUUAUGUUUAUAGCAUUUAUUUCAGAACAAUAAAGAUAAAGAUUUGUGACAAAGGCCUACAAGUGAAGAAAGUCCCUUGAAUGUGAGUGUGGUGUCUAUUUUUAAAACCAAAUCUUUAAGAUUAUCUUUCUCAGAAGUGCCCUUUGCUGUGAAUUUUUGAAGACCUUAAAAAUGCUUAACUGGCACUGUUGCUUGCUGAUGGUGUGAUUGUCUUGUGUGACAAACAUUAGAUUGAAUGACUGAUUUUUGGAGCCCUGGGUGGGAGUGUGCUAAUUUGUGUAUUAUGUAUUGGUCAUGGGUUGUGCCACUGUUUUCAGCUCCUUGUGGAGAUAAAGGCCUUAAAUGUUUUUGGGUUUUUUUCCCCCCCUUUUUUUUGUUCAGUACCCACCCAGUGUCAUGGCAUUUAAUAGCAGGCCCUUUUAAAGCAGAAAGGUGUAGAGCAUUUCAGCAGAACGGCCCAAAACUAGUUGCCUGUACUUCAGAUGGUGAACACAGAUACUCUUUGGUACAAGCAAGAGAGCUUCAAAUUUUUAUUACAAUUUAGACUUUGAAUUGCUUUGUAUGAAAAGUGCAAUUUAUAUUUUAAAAGGGAAAGCUGGAAAGACUUGGUUUCAAGCUUUGCUUCUUAUGUGUCUUAGACUGGAAGCAUUCACAACAUGACUUUUUUUUAUCUCCCUGGAUGCUCUUCAUGAUGUAAGUCAAGAAGAGACUAUUAAAUCACCUACCUUUGACCUAUGUGUAAAAGGCCAUUAAUUUUUACCCUGUACUCCAUGUAUUGAGUCCUGUAACUACUGUGAUUGCCCUUUUAGGCACUCAGUAUUCGUGGCAACCUUUAAAUGCAGAAGUUUGUCACUCUACCUUCCUGCCCAGGAGGCCCAAUGCCACCCUUGAGAAGGAAAGGGAUUUUAAUGAGUAAAUGCGAGAAACCAAAACAGAAUGAGAGAGUGAAGCAUUUGUAACUUCUACUUUAUUAUAUAAAUAUAUUAUGUAGACUGUGAUAAUGCCAUGAGACUCAGCCAGUGAUCAAGGCCUCAUUGUGCCAAAUAUUUCAACAGCUUGAAAUAAGAAUAGACAAUGUAAGCUAGGCAUGACUUGAAGAUCUUUGCCUCAGGGAAAUGACUUCUGUUUUGCACAUCCCUUUUUCAGACUAACAAGCGUGAGUUUUCCUAUCUUUAAGGAAAGCUUUAUUCCCAAGAUGAAUUUUUUUUUUUUUCCACAAGGAGGGGGGAAAAAAAAAGGGAAAGAUGUGAGGAGAAAUAAUAAGUGGGGCAAACUAGUAGUGUGUCCCUGUGCUCUUGUUCUACUUGAGGGGACCACUCUUGCAACUUACUCUCCAGACCUGCUUGCUGUGGGCCGCAGGAAGCAAUGCGGUGGUGGUCCAUGGGCUGUUCUGGAAGUCCCCUGAUAGUGCAGUUGAACCUUAGAAGCUUGGUUCUGCCCAAGCAAAAAAAAGAAUGGGCAGGGGAGGACAUAUGGGCACAACCAGCAGUUGAGAUACUUGGAAGAUCUCUACUUGUACGGUGGCUAGUGUCUGUGUGCAUGCAAACACACGCACUACAGCUGUUCUAAAUAUUUUUCCACCUUUAAGGGAAGUACUUAAUUUCAGAGCUCAUGUAGGCUACAGCAGUUCUCUUCAGUGUUUUACAAGUUGUCCAUUUGCACUGCUGAUGGUUGUGAUUUCACUCAUAACCGAGUGCCUUUCAUUUGGAAAUUGCCCUGCCCCACAGAAAGUUAGUGCCAGAAUGAGAUUAACGUCAAGAGUCCCAAGAUCUACUGGUAGAGUAAGGUCCUAAGAUGCACAGAUGAACAUGCACCAAUUAACACAUCAAGGAAAGUACUGCUGUAUACUAACUCUCUGCAGGGGCACUGCUUCUGAAAUUACUUUCUCAAAUUCACCAUAAUGACUCUCCUUACUUAGUAUGUUUAGUCCCCAUUGUAACUGGGAAAUUCUCUUUCCAGAAGUUUUGAAAUACCAUUUGGAAGACAAAUAUUUUAUAGCGUGAUUAAAAAAAAAAAAAAAAUCAUCUUUUUUGGAUGACUGCGAACUGUUGUGAAUUCAAUUUAAACCAGUUGGUUUAAGCCACCUAGAGGAUGGUAUUCGAGUCUUAACAGCAGGAGUGAUUCAUCUGCCAAUCCAAGGUGGUCAAGUAUUUACCGUCACGGUGUAAGACACUGUGAUGUACCAUUUGUAUCUCUGUUAAGGUUUUAUCAGUAUUCCUGUAAUAAAUCCAUGUUUCAGGGAUUUAUAACUUGGUUGUGUGUGUGAUUGAAAAUCAUCAGUUACUGUAAAACUUUGACUGGGAAUGAAUGUAUUUAAACUACUUAAAAUCAAUAUAGUUUUUCAAAUCUGAAUAAAAUAGGACUUUAAGUUAUGUUUUUGUGCUCAAAACUGCAAUCGGAUUUAUUGUUUAAAUGUGAACUAAUGGCUUGUACAGUUUCAUUGUGAGCUGAUCACGCUUAUUAGCUGUCUUUUAUUAAAUCACCUUACAGCUUACUAUGGAUAAGUGCCAAAAGCUCUUUAUUUAUUUUAUUUUUUUAAUUUUUUGCAUGUCCACAAGCCAAAACUGAGUUCAGCUAAAUGCUUUCUUUAGUGUUUGAACUUAAUUUUCCUUUGCUCAGGUGCAUUUCAGUCUAUUGAAUUAAAAAAAAAAAAAGGUGACACCUUAUUUUUCAGUAUUCUAAGAUGAAAGUUCACAGGUGAAAUAUGCUGCCAUAGUUCUGGCAAAUAAUAAAAUCGAAGCUGAAAUGUCUUCCAAAAUCACAGUGGUGUCUAUCUUGAUGUUUUAAACUUCACUUCAAUUUCACUUUCAUUUGUUGAUAUUAAUUCUUCCUAACAUAACUAUUUAUUUUUUUUUAGUUUUCUUAGACAGCUAGCAGCUUUGGUUUUUAAAUCCGAAAAUGCCCACCUCUUCAUGGAAAAAGCCAUACUGGUAGAUUGGAAUGUAAUAUUUCUCCUAUGUAAAAAUGUGAUCUUGAAUUAAACAGUCAUGUAUGUUUACCUAUGUCUUCAACUGUAUAUGUAGUUUUGAUCCAAUUUAUAUUUACUGUUUAAACAUCUAAUUCUUUACUAAUGGCUGUAAUUUCACAUUUCUAUAUAGUGGAAUUUGAAUUUUGUGUUUGAGAUUACUUUGGUUAGAAGCUUGGUACCAAUCACGGGUGGCCCAACAGGGUACACUGUGGUCUGUAUUUCCAUUGUUAAGGUUUCUUUAUACUCUCAGAACCUUUGUGCUGAUAUAUUGAUACUGACUGCACAAAAAUUGGAAAAGGGACCAUAAGUUUAAUGUUUCCAUUGUUCAUUUUUUUUAAGCUAGUGAACAGUUCUUUCAAUGCGAUAUGUACAAACUUGUACAGGUUUAGCUUUGUUAAGUAUGAUGAAUAAAAUGGUAUGUAAUA